CUUUAUUCUCGAUCCGUGCUCUGCUGAGUUGUAGGCACACAUGGCUCGGCAGGGAGUGAACACGUUAAUUCUGGUUUUGUGUUGCAUUGAGUUGGUUCUGUCACAGAGUGCCAAGCCGAUCUCUACUUUAGAUCCUUCUUCAAUCAUAGAUGAUAAUGAUAAUGAUGAUUAUUCUGAUGGUGAAGCUGAUCACUCAGAAGUGUCUACUCAAGACAGUGGACAGCUGAUGAAAUCAAAGCUGGCAGUGUACUGUAACAAUGAUACUAUGAAAGUGAUUUUGCCAGCUGGCUCUCUCAGUCAGGUUAAGGUUUUGGGUGCUUCAGUGAUUGAGUCUGUGCUUGGGGCCCCAGCGGCCUGUGGAUACUCUCUGACGCAAGACCAUGGCAAUAAUGUGUUGGUUGUUGACUACACUGGCUGUCAUGUCACCUUGGAGGAUGGCCAUUACACUCUGAGGGUCCUCUAUCCAGAUGAAGCCAGACAGUUGGAUAUCGCUACAGUGUCUUGUGAUGCAAACCAACGCCUCGCUGUUUCCCUAAAACAGCUGAGUGUGCGGUCAGAUCAGAUGCCAGUUUGUGCAAAACUCCCCCCGACACAACCGUCCCAGGCAUCACCUGCCCUGCCUCCAGCAGGCCCUCUGCUGCUCAACAGCAAACCUGGAGGCUGCAGCAUCUCUGCCGAUCAGAGGGUGUUGUGUGACACCUCGGAUAUAAUGCAAGACGGCUGCCUGGCUAAAGGAUGCUGUUUUGAUGCAGAGACUGCAGUCUGCUAUUAUCCCAUGGAUGAAUGCACUGCUGAUAAGAACUUUGUCUUUGUUGUUUAUAAUGAUUUCACACACAUCUCUGUGAACCCCAUGAGCCUGAUGGUUGCUGGAAAGCCUGGUUGCAAGCCUGUUAUCUCCAACAAAGACUUCGCCAUCUUCAAGUUUUCUGUCUCUGAGUGUGAAACACGCUCUUUCGUCAUUGGCGAAACAAUAAUUUACCUGGCUGAGGUACAGACCAUCAUCAGAGUUCGCAACCUGAAGUACGGCAUGAUCUUCAGGGAUAACCCAAUCAGACUGAUGGUCGAAUGCCGCUACCGGAGGGUUGCAGCCUCUCCCAUGGUUGGCGGACCAGUGCUUGCGAGUGCGGGAUACAUGGUUAUGAGUCCCAGUCUGCCUCCAUACCUGCUGUCUGAAGGACGGUUUGAAGUUCAGCUUUUAAUCUCUAUGGAUGAGACUUUCACCAAGUUUUAUCCACAGUGUCAUCAGCCCCUACAUGUUCUUUUGGGGAAGCCUGUGUAUCUGGAGUUGCGCCUGAAGUCUCGAAAACCUGCAGCGACUCUCAUAGUUCACUACUGUGUGGCCUAUCCACGCUCUGCUCGGAGCGCCCUGAUUCUGCUGUUUGAUGGAUGCCCCAAUCCUCUCGACUCUGGCAGCACCUCCAUCCUUUAUAUGAAACAUCUUCCUCAGAAUCGGCACCAGCGUCGCUUUGAGAUCAAAGCCUUUCAGUUCAUGGAUUUGUCCACCAGAAAAUACCUGAAUGAGGAGAUUUACUUCAUGUGCUCUACUGAAGUGUGCUUGCCCUCUGGGUCGCCUUGCACAGAGACCUGCUUCGAUGGAAAGUCUCCCUGAACAAGGCCCAGGUGAACCACUGGCAAUGGGAGUGUGUGUGUGGAUCCUCCUGUUGUUGUUGUCUAACUUUGAAUAAAAUUUUAUCUCCA